AUGGCUCAUGAUUAUGAUUAUCUUGCUGUGAGUUCAAGUGAAGAUAACAACAGUCCACCUGCUCCAGAGAAGAUGAGAAAAAAUGAUUUUGAGAUUGUGAUGUUCUCUGAUGAGAAUAAUAAGAAGAACAAUGAGAUGGAGAAUGAUUGGAUUAUUAAUAUCUAG